AUGAUUCCAUCUGUGUUUAAUGGCUCCCAUGCGACAAGCGAACAUGCUAUUUCGGAAUUUGCCGUGUCGUCCAAAAGUUGUCGGCCGGUAUCUGGCGACGAACUCACGGCUCGUUUUUCAAUCUAUGAAGCCUUGGUUGCGGACAACUCAAGCCUUCUAGAGUCGGAAAAUUUCAGCAAGCGCCUGCGCGAGUGCUUGGAAAAGUUUGACAACCUUGAAACAACCGGACUUGCACAUUAUUCGACGAGCUUUUUGCUCGACCCACGACAAGAAAAAGUUCGAUUCCUUGGCUGGCGCCGCCUUAUCAAUCAAAUCGACUUCCGAUUCGAGAGCAAGGACCUCCAGCCGCUUCAUGGUAGCGGAAGCGUAAUAGGCAAGGUUAACUCUCUGGGCGCGUCGAGGCUUUUGCAGGCACUAAGCAAGACCAAUCGGAAGAUCAUAAGGUUGCAGACUUGUAAUCCUGAUUACUGUGGUAAUAUUGGCCCAGAAAUACUUCUUACGGAGGAGCAAUACAGCUCUGUUCUAUCCAAUUUGGAUGAAUUGGAGGACCUCCAUAUUUGCACAGCUUUCAGAACUACAAAACCAGCUUAUACUAUGGACAUACCGACUUGGGUCACUUUGCUUAUCCAUGUUGCUCCCCGCCUCGAAAGACUUACUAUCUCGCAAGACUAUUACUUUGGAGAGAUUUCUAGCAAAAUCCAAUUUCAUCGCCUGAAAGAGCUCCAUCUCCAUAGGACGUGGAUCAAUUCCGAGGAUCUGAAAUCAUUUCUCAUGAAAGCCAAGGAAACUCUCACUGUUUUCACGCUAUUUGAGGUGAUCAUGGAAGGUAUUCCAAUAUCAAUGUUGCCGGACUGUUCAUCACUUUGGUAUUCGCCAACCCCAGAAUGGCUUGUGCAAUCUUUAAUGCGGCCUUCUACAACCCUAACCUCCAAAGACUAUACUCCAACGUCCUCUGCCUAUACUCCAACUUCGCCUUGGAAUCCGACCCCAACAGCCUCCACUUCAACCCCGAUAGCAUACACUUCAGCCUCAACUCCGUAUUAUGCCCAGCCAGCUGGACAAGUACUACCCGGACAAGGCUACGCCCCUUCAAGCCCAUACAUACCCCCUUUUAAUCAUGAGGAUGCUCUUUGGAAGUCCGUUUGGAACUUUUUCGGCGAAAACCUAUCGCUACAGAGAUUCUCCAUGAUAAAGGUAGCGGACGGUAAUAGUCAGAUCUCUAUUCAGAGGACGGGGGGCUUGAAGGAGCCUAGCGACAGUGCUACUUAUUAUGCUGAAACUGCUGGGAUGUCGUUCCAUCAAUGGAUCGACCAAUUCACCCCAAUGCAUUUACUGGAUUCGCCUAGUCCUACAAGGUGGCUUGGUAACGAUCAAAGUAAGUAA